AAAACCAGGAGGAUGUAAAAAGUAAAAAUGAGGCUCAAUACGUUCUGGACCUGAAAGCAAAACUCCACACACUGGGUCAUUUAUCAGGUGAGAAUCUGCUCCAGGCCCAAGAGCGUUAACAGCGCCAGGACACCAGAGGAACUAGGUUAAAACAAAGUUCUUGUAUUACUUUUCUUCUUCCAGCUCCAACUUCCUCGGCAGGUAGCAAGGUCCCUUUGUGGUCACAUGGUGAGUAGGCAAGGUCAUCUAUGAGGUGGUGCGUUCUGACAGGGGCAAAGCACCACAGAUUUACCAACUUAACCUCAUAAAAAAUAGAGAGUCAGAACCUGUUUCUCUGGUGAGCACGGUAUUGGAGAGAGAUGAGUUGGGUCCUGAUUUUCAAAGUUCCAGCAAUCCGGCCUCACUCAUUUCUUAAAAAACAUCUCGCUGUUCUAGAGAGCAGAUGUUGCUCUGUUACAGCAGUGCUUUGCUGAUGUGUUCUCCCCCCUACCAGGGCACACUGAACUCAUACAGCCCCAUGUCGAAACUCGCCCGGCCGUGAAGGUGCGUUCACGGCCCCAACGUUUGCCUGAACAUAAGAGAAAAGUGGUUCAGAAGGAAUUGAAGGCCAUGCUGGAGAUGGCCGUAAUAGAAGAAUCUCACAGUGCCUGUGGUAGUCCCAUAGUUCUUGUUCUAAAGAAGGAUGGGUCUAUUGGUUCUGUGUAGAUUACUGCAAGGUGAAUGAUAUGUCAGAGUUUGAUGCCUACCCAAUGCCCCAGAUCGCUGAUCUCCUGGAUUUGGUUGGGCACGGCUCACUUUUUCACGACACUGGAUUCGACCAUGGGCUACUGGCAAAUUUCCCUUGUCUCAGGAGUACACUAUGUAAAGUUUGUACCUAUUUGUGAUACUUCCUUUCAGGUUGUUUAGCCAUCUUCCAAUGCCUCAUGGACCGGCUGCUUCGUCCUCAUUCUGCGUAUGCUGCUGCCUACUUGGAUGAUGUUAUCAUCCACAGUAACAACUGUUACGGUUAAUUAGUUAGCUAGUGUGUUUGUUAGCUCGAUGACGAGCAGCUCGUCAGCUUAGUCUAAUCCUCCAGAGGGAAAGUGAAUAGAGGCUGCAGCAGAGUUUCACUCAGUCUGGAGGGAAACUGGUCGUCUCUGCAGCAGCUGAUAUAGAGUCACACUGUCUGUGACUGUCGUCUGUGUCGUCUGUUUACACCCACAGACGUUUGAGUGAAGAUCUUCUGCUUUGUUUUCUACAUGAUGUUUUUCUUUAAUGUGUCAAACCUGCAUAUUGUUCAUGUGUUUAACAUUUGAUCUGCACUUUGAGACCAGAGGUGACGCUGAGUGUGAGCCGAGUUAUAUUAUAUUCUUAUAAAUAUGACAUCAUUUAUUUUCACUGUAUGAAGCAAAAGAGGAUGAAGCUGAACUUGUCUGCUGUGUCUCACUUCACUCUGUCUGCCUACAUGGACACUGGACCCUGGAGAUAUUUCUUCUUCCUGAUUGUUCUGUGUUUGUACGUGUUGAUCGUUCUUUCCAACGUGUUGCUUGUUGUGGUGAUCUGUGUGAACAGAAGUCUUCAUGAACCCAUGUACCUGUUUCUGUGCAGCCUGUUUGUUAAUGAACUGUAUGGUAGUACAGGCUUGUUCCCGUUCCUGCUACCUCACAUCCUGUCGGACUCUCACACCGUCGCCGCUCCGCUCUGCUUCCUGCAGGUUUUCUCUAUUCACUCUUAUGGUCACAUAGAGUUUGUGACUCUGGCCGUCAUGUCGUAUGAUCGAUAUCUGGCCAUAUGUUUCCCUCUGCAGUACAACAGUCUGAUGACAGUGAACAGAGUCGCAGCUCUCACGGCUAUAAUCUGGUUUUACUCUCUGUUUGUGAUUCUCAUCAUCGUGUCUCUGACGCUCCGUUUGAAACUGUGUGGGAACUUUAUUGACAAAGUUUACUGUGACAACUUCUCCAUCGUCAAACUCUGCUGCUCCGACACGUCAGUCAACAACAUCUUUGGACUAGUUUAUUUGUUUUCCAUCGUCUUUGGUCUCAUUGUUUUAAUCCUGUUCUCCUACAUCAGGAUCCUUAAAGUCUGUUUCUCAGGUUCUAACCAGACGAGACAAAAAGCCGUCAGCACCUGUUCACCUCACCUGGCGUCGCUGCUCAACUUCUCCUUCGGAGCUUUCUUUGAGAUAAUGCAGAGCAGGUUCGACAUGAGCAGCGUUCACAUCGUCGUACGUAUCGUCUUGUCAUUGUAUUGGCUCACGUGUCAGCCACUCUUCAACCCUCUGUUUUACGGACUGAAAUUAUCUAAGAUACGCUUCUUGUGUAAAAGUUUGCUCUUUGGCAAAAAACCUGGAGAUUCAUGAAUG